AUGAAGCUAUACAAGCCGUUGCAAGUGUGCGGCUACUUCCUGGGCGCAUUCCCGUGCUUCGAACAUUGCGACGGGUUUCGCGUGCACUGGAUAGGCGUCACGUUCAAAGCGGUCUUUUUGUUGCUAUAUUGGAAAAUAACCAUAGCCGUGAUCAAGAUAUCCCUAAUGUCGUUAUCAUCGAACGGUUCGCCGAUCAAGAACAAAAACUUAACGUCCCGCGUGCUCAACAUCGACGCCAUUUACGUUUACAUGUUGUUCAGCGAAAGUGCCACAACUUUGGUGUGCCAAUUGCAGUUCUUCAGGCCGUCAGUUUACCAGCUCGUCAACGAUUGCUUUUAUCAUCUGUGCCGUCUCGACGACGUUUCGGUGACCGAGCAGUACUUCUCGGCUUUUUCCGUGGUCAUGUUGGUCCUAUACGAAGUGGCCAUGUACUUUAUAUUGAUCCAAAAGAGAAGUCAUCGGACGUAUAAGUUCUACUGGUUGCACGUGCCGCUAUCGAACUUGGCGUGCAUCAUGCUGGAACAGUUUUUCUACUUGAUGUGCAUCUCGCUGUACAUGCGCCUCGGUAAACUUCACCAGCAGAUCAAAGGUCUGCUGGACAAAGCCGAACGUCCGCGGUGGAAAUGCUGGAUGACCACCAAAGCCGGCGGACCCACGCGCCUUGGCAUACCCGCGUUCAGCGCAUCCGACAUCCAAGACCUCCGGUCCGUUCACCGGGCCUGCAUGGACAUGUUCAAGCGGGUCAAUCGCGUUUUUCAGCUUCCGGUUUUGCUGUGUCUGGUCGACAGCGGUUUCCGGAUAGUGGUCUUCCUGUACAGCAUUGCAUUCGACGUGACCAUUGUGGUCUGGGGCAAAAAGGACAAUAUCGAUUAUGAGACCAUAGCGGUAUACGUGGGCUACAUCUUGACUAGGAUAUUCCGGGUGUUGUACUUGCACGUCUGCGAAUACUACGUAACGAAAGAGAUAUCACCGAUUAGUUUAUCUCUGAGUAACCUGACCUUACUGUUGAAUCCGAUUGCUCGCCGAAGAUUAAUGCCCGAGAUCGUUCUGUUCCAAGCUCAGCUCAAAUCAAUAAAAUCGCGAUUCAAUAUAUUCAAUUUGGUGAACGUGAACAUAGCGUUAUUAUAUGCCGAAUCGGGAACCGUUAUAGCUUAUACGGCGUUCAUGCUGCAAUUUUUCGCCCUCGAACCGGUUCUUAAUCAGAAAAAUUCAACAAUUACUUAA